AUGCCUCGUGGUCAUAAGAGCAAGCUCCGUGCUCAGGAGAAACGCCGCCAAAACAGAGCUGAGAAACAAGGUGAUAAGAGUGCUCAGGCCCCUGCAGGAGAGGAAGAAGAGGUCGCUUGCUCCUCCUCUUCCGUUUUGGGGGAAGGUCCCUCAACCUCCACUGGUGCUGGCACUCUCCAGGCACCUCAGGGUACCCCAGCCACCACCAGUGCAGCUGCAGGAGCUUCCUGUGAAAGAUCUGCUGUAGAAGCCGAAGGCCAAGUUCAGCAAAGUAAAAAAUCCCCCCAGGCCUCAACCUCUGCUGAGAGUUCUGGCAAACGUCUACUAAGUAAGAAGGCGACUAUGUUGGUAGAGUACCUGCUGUAUCAAUAUAAAAGAAACCAGCCCAUUAAAAAGAGAGAUAUGCUGAAGAUCAUCCACAAGUGGUUCAGGAAGGACUUCCCUGAGAUCCUCGAGAGGGCCUCUGAACGCAUGGAUCUGUUCUUUGGCUUGGAAUUGAAAGAAGUUGAGCCCAACGGUAAUACCUACACCCUUGUCAUCAUUCAAGAUGAGAGUCUGAGCAGCGGCUUCAGAUUUCCUAACAAAGGGCUUCUGAUGCCUGUACUGGGUUUUAUCUUGUUGAAUGGCAACCGUGUCUCUGAGGCAGACACCUGGGUAUUCCUGAAUACUUUGGGUAUCUUUGAUGGAAAGAGUCACUUAAUAUUUGGGGAGCCCAGGAAGCUUAUCACCCAAGAUUUGGUGCAGGAAAAAUACCUGGUGUACCAGCCAGUGCCCAACAGUGAUCCUCCACGCUAUGAGUUCCUGUGGGGUCCUAGAGCCCACGCUGAGACCAGCAAGAUGAAAGUCCUCGAGUUUUGGGCUGAGCUCAAUGAUACUGUCCCCACUACCUUUGCGCUGCAUUAUGAAGAAGCUUUGAAAGAUGAGGAAGAGAGAGCCAGAGCCGAAGCUGCACCCACGGAUGCCACUUCUCUCGAGGUUGGCUGCUACUGGGAGGAGUUCUCUACUUGUAGUCCAAUGGAGGAACCUGAGAGGGCUUUCAAGGAACCAUGCAAGCCUGAUGAAGAGGACAUCAAUGCAACCAUCCCAUCCCUUUGCUAUCAUCCCAAGACAUCGCAGGGAUGGACUGUCACCAUCAUUCCUCGUGGUCAUAAGAGCAAGCUCCGUGCUCAGAAGAAACACCACCAAAACAGAGCUGAGAAACAAGGUGAUAAGAGUGCUCAGGCCGCUGCAGGAGAGGAAGGAGAAGCCAUUUGCUCCUCCUCUUCUGUUUUAGGGGAUGCUGGUGCUGGCCCUCUCCAGGCACCUCCGAGUGCCCCAGCCACCACCAGUGCCACUGCAGGUGCCUCCUGUGAAAGAUCUGCUGUAAAAGCCAAAGGCCAGGUUCAGAAAAGUAAAAAAUCUUCCCAGGCCUCAACUGCCACUGAGAGUUCUGGCCAAGAUCUUCUAACUCAGAAGGCAAAUUUGUUGGUUCAGUACCUGCUGUAUCAACAUAAAAAGAACCAGCCCAUUAAAAAGGGAGACAUGCUGAAGAUCAUCCACAAGUGGUUCAGGAAGGACUUCCCUGAGAUCCUCGGGAGAGCCUCUGAGCGCAUGGAUCGGUUCUUCGGCCUGCAAGUGAAAGAAGUGAAGCCCAAUGGUAAUUCCUACACCCUUGUCGACAGUGAAGAUGAGAGUCUGAGCAGCGGCUUCAGAUUUCCUAACAAAGGGAUUCUGAUGCCUCUCCUGGGUGUCAUCUCCUUGAAUGGCAACAGUGCCACUGAGGAGGAGAUCUGGAAAUUCCUGAAUAUGAUGAGUGUCUAUGAUGGAAAGAGUCACUUAAUAUUUGGGGAGCCCAGGAAGCUUAUCACCCAAGAUUUGGUGCAGGAAAAAUACCUGGUGUACCAGCCAGUGCCCAACAGUGAUCCUCCACGCUAUGAGUUCCUGUGGGGUCCUAGAGCCCACGCUGAGACCAGCAAGAUGAAAGUCCUCGAGUUUUUCUCCCUGCUCAAUAGUAACAUCCGCACAGUCUUGGCACCCCAUUUUGAAGAGGCUUUGAAAGAAGAGGAUGAGAGAGCCCAAGCCAGAGCCCAAGCUGCACCCAGGGCUGCCCCUCCUCCCAAGGCCAGUGGGCACUCCAGGGCCAAAUCCAGCCUCUAA